UCAAUUCAAAAAUUGCGUGGUGGGUGUGGGCUUUCUCUUAAUCAUAUCUCAUACUUUCACAUUUUUGGUUAGUCUAAUUGAGACUCAUUCAGGUUAUUGACAUGGAUUGUUAGCAUAGCAGGGCAAGCCAAAACAAUCUCCUCUGACCGAACAUUCAACGGAAAAUGGGCUGCGGAGACUGACCCUUUGUUUUCACUCUGGGUGGUGUUCCCUUUUUAUAGGGAAUUCAAGCUUAAUAGUUUUAUUCCCUUGGCAGUUAACAUCAGAGAGCGGCAACCCUUGUUCCUGUUCCAUCCAUGUCAACCUCGAUAGAUUCAUCCCUUACAGAAGCACAGAUGACUGCAGAAGAUCAAGUUCCAAAGAUUGAACUGCUAACAUGGACCAAUGAUGAGUAUGAUGGUGUUAUUGUGGAAAUGGACAAGCCUAUGGAUUCUGCAACCUUUUUGUCUAUCCUCAGAGCUUCAAUUUCACACUGGAAACAGCUGGGCAAGAAGGGUGUUUGGAUAAAAUUGCCUAUUUAUCUGGCCAGUCUAGUUGAAGCUCUAGUUCAGGAAGGAUUUUGGUAUCACCAUGCAGAACGAAAAUAUUUAAUGCUUGUAUAUUGGAUUCCUGAUUCUCCAGAUACUAUUCCAGCAAAUGCCACACAUCGCGUGGGUGUCGGAUCAUUUGUUGUAAAUGAAAAACAAGAGGUCCUAGUGGUUCAAGAAAAGACUGGACAUUUUCAAGGAACUGGAGUCUGGAAAUUCCCUACUGGCGUUGUUGAUGAGGGAGAAGAUAUUUGUGCAGCAGCAGUGAGAGAGGUCAAAGAAGAAACAGGAGUUGAUGCUGAAUUUCUGGAAGUAUUGGCAUUCAGACAAAGUCACAUGUCAUUUUUUGAGAAGUCAGAUCUGUUCUUUGUGUGCUUGCUGCGCCCUCUUUCUCCUGACAUUCAAAUACAGGAGCUAGAGAUAGAGGCUGCAAAGUGGAUGCCAUUUGAUGAAUACGCAGCCCAGCCAAUUAUGGAAAAGUAUGAGCUUAUGAAGUACAUCAAUAAUAUAUACUUAGCAAAGAUUGAUGGGCAAUAUUCUGGAUUUACUCCUGUAUCUACUGCGCCAAACUUCUCUAAGAAAAAUAUCUAUCUUUAUUUGAAUGCUGGUGGCCUGAAGAAGAGCAAUUCUUGACAAAGAUUUAUGCAAUUACAAAGGAUUAAAUCUCAACAACUCAUUAUUGUUUGAUUUAUUGUGUGAACAACAAUGUAGAUCUACAUUAGGAAAUUAUGUUUACAUUAGUUGAAUAAGACUGUAAGAGUAAAAGAAUGAGCCAGAAACAAGUUUAUUUAAGCCUGAUUCAGCAAGCCUUUAAUUCAAGAAACAAUUGAUGUGAUAAUGAAAUUGAAGAUGGUUUAAGAAAAAUACUGAUU